UUUUAUGCAUCGCAAUUGUUUCUUUCGUCUCAAAUUGCCACUUUCUUCCCAAAAAAUUGACUUUUUAAAAUAUUUUCAAAGAUUCAGUCGCUGAGGAGAAAUUGUAAUUAGAAAUAGCGUUCAUAUAUCCUAUUUUGUGAUUUCUGGACUACAACAGGGGUUGGACUUCACUAACCAGACCAAGACUGGCGUUAAGGAAUGUGUGUUAAAUUAAAACCAGAUGCUGACGAGAGGAAGGAGACCCGAGAGAGCGACAGCUAAGAGUUGUCUUCUUUUUAAGCGAACAAUAGGAGCCUAAAAGUUGAAUGUACGGAGUUUACGGUCCGUCUUGGUCUGUUCGUGGGUUUUGGAGGGAUGAGCGAAGAGUUGCGCGAGAAAAACAAGCAGGACGCUUCUCUGUGCUGAGCUCCAGGAAGUCCAAACCGCUACGUUUGCAAAAAAAAGCUGAGCAGUUAGUGGAUGGACAGAAAAAAAUAUACCCGGUUAACCUUUGAACCUCUUUCCUUUGUGUUCAUCAGAAGAAGUCACAAGACAAACUCCUGUAAAAUUUCACGAAUGACUCUCCAAACGGUAAGCAGGCGACGAGGCUUCAGCUGGUUUUGGGGGCUAAUUUAAGCCAGCAAAGAGUCCGAGGAAAAGGACAGGCUGAGGGAAAGUGUUUGGCCAGGAUGGGCUGACAAACUGGAGGGUUGAGAGUGAUAAAUCUAUCUUUUUGUUUGCCUAUUUUGAAGGAAAGAUAGCAUGACUCCUAGAUACCCAACUUUCACUAACAAUUUGCUGAAUUUUCGGUUGUAGACUUUGCAUGUAAGGAAACGUUUGCUAUGUGAGCACAGUUAACUCCUGAAUACUUAUAUUUGUGCAUGGUUUCCUCUUUUAAAAUGAGUGUAGACUGGUUUUAAAUCUUCAAGACAGAGUUUCUCAGAGUUUCCUUGUUUUGCCUUUCACUGUUGUGAAGCUGUAAAUAUGUUGCAAGAUGCUUAACAGAGGGAUGUAGACAAUUGAUUUUAACACAUUUGUUUCCUUGACAGACACUUCACUUUCAGGACACAGUAAGGAGGGAGACACACACAUCAUGUCCUCUGUACAUUUCAACCCAGGGUCGGAUGCAGGUGUAAACGGGUAAGGAGACAACAUUUUUUCCAUACCUUGCUUUAGUGCAAACUUCUUAUUUAUUGGAUGCCAUGUUUUGCAGGGUACUUUAUCCUUUUUUACACAGAUUUUAUCCUAUUCAUGUGAAGUACUUUAAAUUUUCUCUGUAGAAACAUUGCAAAGAUGGAGGAUGCCCAGGUGGAGAUAGAUGAUGGGAAGGAGGAAAGCGCACUUCCAGACACUAUGUACUAGUAAGUUUACACUUAGUGAGGUUUUUUUAAUGCAACUUUGCACAGCGCUUAUUACUUUUUGUCCAUUUUUUGCAGCAAUAUCCGGAAGAAGAUUUCCCCCUUUGUUAUGUCUUUUGGAUUUCGGUAGGUGUGUUAAGUGAGAGCAGUCAGGUGUGAUGAUUGCCAAUAAUGGUUCUGUACUUUCCUGGUAAUAUCCAUUCCAUAUCCACUCUUUCUGCAGUGUAUUUGGAGUGGUUCUGAUCAUUGUGGAUUUUGUACUGGUGAUUGUGGAUCUAUCUCUGCCAGCCAAGAGCAGAGAUGUUGGAAAUGCUAUAGAGGCUGUGUCCCUCACUAUCUCCUUCUUCUUCCUCAUUGAUGUUCUUCUGCGGGUCUACGUACGAGGGUGGGUAAACCUUUCAGUCUUAUCAUUGGAAAGUUCAGGCGCUGAAUGCACUCAAAGUAGUCCUGAUCCAUAUUCAAAAUGAAGUUUACACACAGCUUGUGAAACAGAGGAAGAAACGUUGAAAAAUUCCUAGAAUUUAGUGUCAGCAGAAAUCAAGAGUGAUUAGCUAUAAAACAGGAAGUUGAAGAGGAAGCUGGACAGGAAAUGUGUAGCAUGGUCAAGUUUGGGAAACCUAAUGACUCAAAGUAUCAGCACAGUUUCCCUGACUAGAUACUCUGUAUUACCACAGGGAUGUUUUUCAUAUUAUUUCACCAUCAGGUCUUUGCUAUCACCUGCAUUUUAAUCCUCUUUACUGUCCUCCAGGUUCAAAGUUUACUUCUCUUCCAAAAUGAACAUAGUAGACGCCUGUGUUGUGGUCAUAACGCUGGUGGUCACCAUGAUCUACACUUUCUCUGACCUAUCGGGAGCCAGCCUCAUUCCCAGGUAACCUCUUACUCCUGUUGCUCAACAAACAGACAUUUACAGUGAUGCAGCUGGAAAUUGAUCAUACAGUUGUGUUAGGCUGUGUCUGAAAUGAAUCACUCAAUCCCAAACCCCUAACCCCCAUAUGGGGUUUCAUAUACAGCUGACUAUGUAGUGAGCUCAAUCACCAGAGGUUUCGGACACUACCGUUGUGACCACCACCUAUGAGUGACCAUGGGAUGGUCACUACAUUUUGCAAUGUUUUAUGGGAAACAUUGAGUUGCCUAUAUGGGGCAUUGGUUACUUGAUUGAUUACUCAGGUAUCGGACACCCCUCAAAACAGCGCUAACCCCCAUAUGGUCACCUGUAUAGGGGUUAGGGAUCCAUUUCGGACAAAGCCUUAGACUCUUAUUUCUACACAGCCACAGUGUCCCCAAACAGGUGUUUUCACUUAUGUGACUAAUCAGACGUCUCCUCUCAGGACUCUGUAUAUAAUUAACCAGGAUAAUUAAAACCACCUGUUUAAUUAAAAGAGUAUGAGUACACUUCUUUAUCAUGUGGCAUAUCUGUUUUAUCCCCAAAUGUGGGGGAUGUUUAUAUUACUUUAAAUCACAGCAAACAGCAUUUCAUAUUCUACAAAAAUGCAACACAAAGUGCUUUACAAUUUAAGAAUAAGCCCUCCAGUCCCAAAGUAAACAUUUAUAGAUAUCAGACUUGAUAAAAAGAGAAACUGAUGAAAUGAGGGAUAGCUAUUUUAAAACUGUAAUGAAAAGAAACAAGAGGUUGGAUAACAAUGUUCAGAUCUAAGAUGGAACAAUCAGUCCAAAAUAGUAUGGAGAAACAAAAUAAGGUGAUCAAUAAAUCUGACAUGUAGAAACAAAGCAGUAUUUUUUUGCAGUCAUAAGUCAUAAAUCAACUAUUUAUUCCAUUGGAGGGCUUUGUUUAUAAUGCUUUCUCAUCAUAGAUUAGUACUGAGGGAAUUUGAUUUGCAGAUUUUUCUGAACUUUCACAUGGAGAAAAGUCUUCCUGUUUUGUAUGUAUAACAAUGAUCAGUGCAAUCGACAUCAAUACAUAACAUAUAAGCAUUCACAAUCUACUUUGGUGAGAUACUGAUCUUUCAGAAGACUGACUUGUAAUGUAAAACUCAGUCCACCUGAAUCAUGACACCACCUACAGUAAGCCACAGAGUCUAUUCUUGUUUUAUCAUUCUUAGAAAACCCUUGUGAUGAUGUCGAUGUUAUUCUUGUGUGUCUAAGAGUAAUUGUUGGUCAUUUGUUCUUUUCAGAGUGGUGACAUUCCUUCGUUUCCUGAGAAUAAUAAUCCUUGUGAGGGUUUUCAGACUGGCAGCUCAGAAAAAAGAGCUUGAAAAAGUCACCAGGAGGAUGGUAAGUCCAUCAUACAUGUUUUAGUAAUGUUGACUUCAUCAUGCAGAGUCAGAUAUGACAGAGUCAAACUUGUCAUUUUUUUCCUCAGGUUUCUGAGAACAAGAGGCGUUAUCAGAAGGAUGGAUUUGACCUUGACCUAACUUAUGUCACAGGUACAUGCAAAACACCACCCACAUGUCAGGAAACCCAUCAAAGUUGAUAAAUGUGUUAUUAUAAGCUGGGCGUCUGUGUGUAUCUCCUCUUUUUCUUAGACCGUGUCAUCGCCAUGUCUUUCCCCUCCUCUGGAAAGCAGUCAUUCUACAGGAAUCCAAUAAAGGUGGGUCUGACGCUCUAGCUGCACUUUUAUUCAUCACUGAUUACAAAUUAAAUCCAGUCAGAGAUACCAGAAACAUGAUACCUUUGCAGAUUUUUAAACCUAUUUCACUUAUUUUUUCUUUCCAGGAAGUGGCCAGAUUCCUAGACACUAAACAUGAAGGACACUAUAAAGUUUACAACCUGUGCAGUGAGUCAUCUUCUGCCUGUGUCAUGUGCACUUUAGUUAUUUUCAUGUUGCACUGCAGAUACCAUGUUACAACUUUCUGUAUCAGAGGACUGUUUCUUUCAUUUCUGAACACAUUUUGUUGUGGCUCAUGUACUCAUGCCACAAUUCUUGUUUUGUUUUUGGUUUCUUUUUCUUUCAUUGAUAUUACUAUUAUUUCUAUGUAAAGGGCUUGACUUGUCUAUGAAAAACGCUAUAUAGAUCAGCUUUUCUCACUUACUUUUGUUUCCAGGUGAGAAAGGCUAUGACCCCCAGUUCUUCCACUACAGGGUGGAGCGAGUGUUCAUCGGCGACCACAACGUUCCCUCCCUGGAGUGAGUAACUUUUGCUCUUGAGUCAUUUAAAUUCCACCUUUUACUUGGGCUUGUCAUAUCACUGACUUUAGAUCACGGCUGCAAAAGAGGUUCUUGCAAACCACAAUUACUUUGUACAGUAUUUGCAUAUCACAACAUCUUUAUCAGAGUGUGUUGUAUUUUCUGUCUUAGGGACAUGCUGAAAUACACAGAGAGUGUGAGGCAGUGGAUGUCUGCUGAUGCCCAAAACAUCAUUGCUAUUCACUGUAAAGGAGGGAAAGGUGGUGCACUCUUUUUGUAAUCAUUUUCUAAUUUAUUUAUAUUAAUAGUGACAUUACCCUUACUUGAUUUACCCUUUAAUGUCAACUUAAAGCAGACGGACAGUUUCAUUAAUCUGCUUCUCUCCUUCACAGGACGAACAGGUACUAUGGUGUGCACCUGGUUAAUUGACAGUGACCAGUUUGAGAGUGCUCAGGUGUGUCUUUCAAAGUUUGAAGUGUUUUUAGUGAGAAUGAGUUAAUUAUUUAGCACUAUGGAGGAAUGCCAGAUACUAACCCAGAUUUCUUUUUGUCUACCAGGACAGUCUGGAGUAUUUCGGCGAGAGGAGGACAGACAAGAGUCAGAGCUCCAAGUUUCAGGGAGUGGAGACUCCUUCUCAGGUGAGGACAAUGCCCUCAGGAGUUUAACUCAAGAUACCACUUACUAAUUCAGAAGACUGGCGCCCCCCAGUGGUAAUAUUUAAACUUGCAGACAGAAGUAAACCAACAUAUGCUGUGCGUGUUUGCUUAUGGUUAUUCUUCACACUUUAAAGUUAGAAUGGAUUACUGUUGAAAAUAACAAAUGCAAGAUUUAUUUAUUCAACUUUAAAACUCAAUAGUAGUUAAAAGUGUUUGAGCCCUGUUGUGUCUGUGUAUCACAGAGUCGGUAUGUGGGUUACUACGAGAUCAUGAAGACCAAAUUCAACAGACAGCUGCCUCCACCCAAAAGCCUCAAGAUCAAGAGCAUCCGCAUCCACUCCAUAGCAGGUGAACCCACUACACCAGUGAGCCCCUUUAUUAAGAUCUGUGUCCGUUUGAGCCUGUGCUAACACCUGCAUAUUUGUUCUCACUCAGGUGUGGGUAAAGGCGAUGGCAGUGAUCUCAAGGUUAAGAUAAUCGUGAGGAAAGAGCUUGUGUUUCAGUGUGUUUGUGCCAAGCAAGAGAACUGCGCAGUAAGUCUCACUCAGCUCAGCGCUCGCACUACACAAAGUCACACUGGUGUAUUUGUCAAAGCGAUGACCAGGAUGUCUCUCUGGUGGUUUCUUUUUUAGGUAUUUCCUGAUGUGGGUAACAAUGCUGCAGUCAUCAGCUUGCCGAAUGGGCCUGUGGUCGAAGGUGACGUGAAAGUCAUGUUCGAAUCAAGUGCUGUAAGUGUUUCCAUUUCAUGCUUCAACCUGCAUAUGUCAGGAAAGCUUAUCUUUAACCUGGUAUUUUAAUGAUCGGGUUUUCUUGUUUUGCUCUUUAGGGUCUUCCAAAAGGAUACGAAGAUGUUCCUUUUUACUUCUGGUUCAAUACCUCCUUCAUAGAGGAUGACAAGUACGUCUUCGUUCCUCAUGCAUUCGACGAACACAUUCAAAUAUCUUGAUUUCUCGAUGUUGUAUGCGCACUCUGAGUCUGAACUCAUAUUUUAUUUCCACUAGGUUGCAUUUACCCAGGGAGGAACUCGACAACCCACACAAACCAAAGACCUGGGACCUGUACAAGGAGGACUUUGGUGUUACUAUGUUCUUCACAGACCCAUAAUAAAAGCCCUUUUACAAAGAUAAUGAAGAUAAGAUGGCUUGUUACAGUGAUAGAGGAAAAAUCCGUAGACUGAACACUAAAAGAGGAAGUGAAUGUUGUGGGUUCAAAUUAUUUCAUUGCAGUGUGGACUCUGAAACAAAUCAAGCUGCAGGGUUACUUUGACAAAUAAUCACUUAACUGAAAUGUACAAUGGAGAUGUGAAUUAUUACUGUUGAAUAAUUAGACAUGUCUAAAUGUGAAUUUUGAUUUCUGUGUAUGUUUUAAGAAUGAUAAGCAGAAGCACCCGAUGACAUAACUGAAGAGUUUGGUUGUAUCUGUCCUGGAAACUUUCUUGUUGCUUCAUCCCCUUAAAAAGCUCAGUUAACUUGAAGCUUAUAUACAAUUUUUCCUCAUGAACAACAGACCAACAGGAUAGUGGAAUCAUAUUUCAGCUUUUAUUUACAUUUUAUACAAUUCUCUUAAAUUAUUGCUCAUUACCUGUCAUGCUCAUGUCACCUCAGGUCUCAUAGACAAAAUCUGUGAGAAACAAGUUCACCAAAAAUUAAAGUGCAGAUGAAAGUAAA